UUUCGCUUUAAUUUUACUAGAUCAAUCUUCAAUGAAGUUACAAAAAGAAACACCCUUCUCGAGAUUAUUAUGGUCUCCGCCAAAAAAUUACUAAAUGCUGAUCGAUGUGCUCUGUUUUUGGUUGAUAACGAAAAUCAAGAACUCUACGCUGAUUUAUUCGAUGAAAGUGAACCAUUUGGCGAUAUUAAGAUAGUGCCCAAGGAAAAGGAUAUCAGAUUUUCAGUCAAAAAAGGCAUUGCAGGACAUGUUGUAACACAUGGACAGAUGCUUAAUGUAUCAGAUGCUUAUAAAGAUUCAAGAUUCAAUCGAGAUAUUGAUAUAAAGACUGGCUAUACAACUCGAUCCAUUUUGUGCAUGCCAAUCAUGAAUAAAGGCCGCUGUAUAGGUGCUAUUCAAAUGUUGAAUAAAAUCAAUGGGGAUUUUACGAAAGAAGAUGAAGACGCAUUUAGGAUAUUUACAGUUUAUUGCAACUUGGCACUCCAUACAUCCGAGAUCUAUGUACAACUGCGCAAAUCAGAGAGCAAAAGGAAAGUUGCCCUCGAUUCCUACUUUUAUCAUAGCAGUUGUACAAAUGAAGAAAUGGAAGAUGUUAUUGCUUCCCCAUAUUUACAGUCAGAAUUAAUACCUACUCGCAUAGAAUCUGCCGAAUAUACAGAUCCGAAUAUAUUGCCCCGACUCUUCUUGCAUAUGUUUAGGGAAUUAUUUGGAACAACUGGAUUCGAUGUGUUCGAUUUAUGUCGAUUCACCUUGACCUGUCGUAAAAAUUAUCGCCGAGUACCAUACCAUAACUGGUAUCAUGCCUUCAAUGUAACGCAUAGCAUGUAUUACAUAAUCAAGAACAGCCCUGGCAUGUUUGAUCGUCUAGAGUGUUUGGCAAUGUUUAUUGGGUGUUUAUGUCACGAUUUAGACCAUCGGGGAACAAAUAAUGCUUUCCAGGUCAAGUCAGAAAACCCCUUAGCUGAUUUGUAUUCAACCUCAGUACUGGAACAACACCAUUUCAAUAUGACAGUGAUGAUACUGCAGCGUGAUGGACACACCAUCUUAUCGAGCUUAUCAAAAGAAGAUCACGAAAUAGUUAUGAAUUAUAUCCAUGACGCAAUUAUCGCUACCGAUUUAGCUCUCUACUUUGGCAAUCGAUCAACUUUACAAAAGCUUGUAGACAACAAAGAGUUCGACUGGAACAUCCAACGCCAUAGAUCCCGAGUUCGAGGAUUAGCAAUGACUGCAUGCGAUCUUAUUGCCGUUGCAAAGCCAUGGAAAUACCAAUUUGAAACUGUCAAGCAAAUUUUUGCCGAAUUUUACGAUCAGGGUGAUGUAGAAAAGAGAUUAGGUAUAGCACCAGUUCCUAUGAUGGAUAGAGAUAAGGAAUCGGAAUUACCAGCUAAUCAGGUCGGCUUUAUAAAUGGAAUCUGUUUACCAUGCUACGAGUUGUUAGCAUACCUACUACCCAACACUCAGGCAAUGGUAGAUAAUAUUAUGUAA